AUGUCAGAAGAAAAGAUCGGAGACAAAGCGGCCAGCGUGUCGAGCGGCGACAUUGGUGAUAUGUCUCGCAAGCAUGAUGACAGUUUUCUGGGCAAGCUGCGCAACUUCGAAGCCACACUGGACGCAAAGCUUGGGAUCGAGUCGGAUGCUAUCACCAGAAAACUGCCGGAGGAUAAGGGCCAUGUGCCAUGGCAUCAGCAGAUGACUAUGUUCUUUCUCUGGGCGUCUGGAACCAUGAACACAUCGUGUUUUGCGACUGGUUUUCUGGGGCUGGAGUUUGGCUUGAGUAAGACGUUCUUGUGUGGCGUUCAAGCGAAGACGCUGAUCACUUCCAUUGUCAUCACUGUCUUCGCAUCCAUUCUUGGUGGAGCUGCAACAGGUUUCGCGGCAACUUUCGGUGCUCCAACCGGUCUUCGCCAGAUUUCUGUGUCCCGAUAUGCUUUUGGAUGGUGGCCUAACAAAGUCAUCGCGGCGCUCAACACCAUCGUGCAGAUUGGUUGGGCAAGUGUAGCCUGCAUAACUGGAGGCCUCGCUUUGACUGCUGUCGCCGAUGGCCACAUUUCCCUCAUUGUUGGCAUCGUGAUCCUUGCAGUGGUUGCAACACUCAUUUCGUUCGUCGGAUUGAAGGCUAUCCUGAUCUAUGAGAGAUAUGCGUGGUUCAUAUUCUUUAUCAUAUUCAUCAUCUUCUUUGCUGAGACUGGAAGAUAUGCCGACAACAGCAGCAAGAGCGAGCUCAAGGGUGCUGACCGUAGCGGUGCUGUUUUGAGCCUCAUCGCCAUCGUUUACGGCAGUUCAGCAUCAUGGCAGACCAUGGCCUCCGACUACUAUGUCCAUUACCCCGUCAAUGUCAAUCGGUGGAAAGUCUUCCUCAUGACAACUUUCGGGAUUGCAAUUCCAACGUCCAUUGGUAUGGUGGCUGGUUGUGUUGUCUCCUCCGGAUUGCACAACCGACCAGACUGGCAAGAUGUGUACGAGAACCAAGGCCUUGGUUUCCUCAUCCAAACUAUGCUCUACCCGCGUGGCUUUGCUAAGCUGAUCUUAACACUUCUCGUUCUCUCCGGAAUCAACGUCAAUGUUAUCUCCAUCUACAGCGCGGCCAUCUCCUGCCAGCAAUUCGCUCGACCUUUUGCCCGCGUACCUCGCUUCAUCUGGGUCUUCCUCUGCUUCGCGGCUAUCCUGGGUUUGGCAAUCGGUGGACGAGAGCAAUUGAGCGUUUACCUGCAGAACUUUCUCAGUUUGCUUGGCUACUGGUCAACGCAGUACUUUGUAAUCUUGUUCAGCGAGCAUGUAAUUUUCCGGCGUAUGAACUUCGACAACUAUGAUCUGGAAGGCUGGAAUGACCCUAGUCGCCUGCCGCUUGGGAUUGCUGCAGGCGUAGCCUUCGCUAUCGGCAUUAUUGCUUGGGUGAUGGGUAUGGUGGAGACCUGGUAUAUUGGCCCGUUAGGCAAGCUCAUUGGUUCAUCAGGUGGUGAUAUUGCGAACGAGUUCACUUUUGCCGUUACUGCUUUUGUAUAUAUACCUUUGAGGUUUGUAGAGAAGAAGAUGGUGGGACGGUAA